AUGAUCACGAAUCUUACUACUGGAAUGGCGAUGAGAACCACGAAAACUCCCCACGAUCCAGAAAAAGAGCUGAGAGACCGAACUUCUGAGAUUAUUUAUCUUUCAACUAAAUUGAAUCACGCAAAGGAAACUUGUGUAAACCUAGAUCUUGAACGACAAAAAUUUCGAGAAGCGGGACGACGAAUCAAAGAGAAAGACUUGGAUCCAGUGUGGAUAUACAACGGAACAUGUUUCCUUCAAACGAGCCAAGCAAAUAGUUUGAAGAUUUUAGAAAAAGAUACGAAAACAGUGGAGGAGGUUCGCGAACAAGUCGGAAAAGUUAUUAAACAAGAUACAGAUACUUUCCUUAAGUUACACAAAGAAAGAAACUUGGAAGAAAGAGGAUUCGACUUGAAACCCCUGUUAAAAGAUGGAAAGCUCACCGAUUAA